GGUGAAAGCGGAAGAAAUGACCAAUACAAAAAUUUCUUAUUACGAAACAAUUGCAUUUUAUAUGGAGCACCCGGCACCGGUAAAACGGAGUUUGUCAAGGAACUAAAUCAUGUCUUAAUUAAUCGUUAUGGUAAAAAUUCGCCUGAACGGUCGUCGGUAGUCAAUUUAGAUCCUAGCGACCCUAAUCAUGGCUUAACCCAAGAUGAUGAAGAAAAAAAACCCGAACCAACUAUUCCCAUUUUUGUCAUUAGCGGAGCUAGUUUAAUGAGUACCGGCAAAGACGAGCCUAAGACUUUUGAAAAAUUUAUUAUUACUUUAAAAAAGGCUAAAAAUAAUUUUUUUAAAAAUCCCGACGAAGAGGGAAAUAUUGGCGAAGAUAGCAAACUGCCUUAUAUUGUUUUUGUAGAUGAAGCCGAUCAAGCGAAAAAUUCCUUAACUUAUAAUCCCCAAGCCAAAAAUAAUUUAGAGGAAUUUAAGAAUUUUUUUUCCCAGGCCGAAGAUGGCGGUGGGUUAAAAAAGGAGGCCCAAGAUUUAAAAGUGGAACCUGAAAAACCGAGUGCUAAAAGUAGGAGAGUCAGAGAAGCAAUAAAAGAUAUUGAAGACCAGGAAGAAAAAAUGCGAAUUAAAAAUGAGGAAGAAGAAAGAUGCUUAUGCAACGAGGGCCAUGAAACCGAACCUUUUGCUAAUUGGCAAGAUUUAGAAAGUUUUGACAAGCCGCAAAAGAUAAUGAGAUAUAACUUUGAUGAUAAAAAAUUGUUGCGAGAAAGAAUUAGAUUGUUGGAAAAAGAAGUUAACGAGGGUAAUGCUGAAAUAAUUAAUACUUUUGGUGGCGAACUAAGAAGCAUUAGCAACCAAAUAGAAAAAAUAAGUGAUUUAAGUGGUAAAAAUUAUGAAGAAUUUCAAAAUAUUAAUCAGACCUUGGAAAAUCUUUAUCAGAGGUUGAAAGAUUACUAUGAUAGCAAGAGCGGCCUAACAGAAGAUUGUGCUAAAUUAGUUUUCUUUGAUCCCCAAUAUAAUCAUCCUCAUGAAAAACCAGCCGGGCUAAAUAAAAGAUUAAUUGAGGCAGUAACACAAAAAGGAGAUUUAGUAGUCGACCCUUGUGCCGGUUCUUUUACUGUUCUGAAUUCUUGCCUAGAAACUAAGCGGGAAUUUUUAGGAGCCGACAUUAAUUACUCACAGAUUAAAAAAUACAUGAUUAAGGCUCGAAGUCAAGCUCGAAAGGGGAAUUAUUGA